AUGGAACGAGAGCCAAAGGACUUGGUCUCGUCAGCGGGUCCUUCAAACAACACGCCUGCAGAGGAGCUUAUUGAGAUUAAUACUUUAAUACCCAGGGCCACAUAUAUUAAUGAAGUUGAAGAGUCGGAAGCUGCUGUUGAAAGAAGGUCCACGUUGGUCAAUGUUCUACACAAGCUACCAGGUUUAUUUGAUAUUCAAAGCCCAUUAAGUCCUCUUGCUAUAUCCACAAUUAUAGAUUAUACUACAUGGAUUGUCUUGGUUAAUGGAAUUAAUGAUAUCAAAUUCGAUGAAAAAUUAUUGACAAAGUAUUUGAACAAUUUAAUGAAAUCAAAUAUCAAAAAAGCUGUCCAAGAUAAUACAUCCUCUAUUAUAACAUCAAUAACGGCUUAUACAUUGAUUCUGAAACUUUUAAUAUCUCAAUUCAAACAUUUCACAACUUCAGAUUUACAAGAUUCAAGUCUUUUCACCAAACUUGAACUAUUAGAAAUUGAUCUUACAUUAUUACGUCAAGGAAACCUCACACAACAUCAUAGUGUUAUUCAAAGGGUUGACAGAAUUUUUUCAUUAGAGACUGUGGCAUUUAGUCCUGAUACUGCUGGUUCAAGACAGACUACUGCACAUAAUCCUGAAGUUAGUCAACAUAUUGAUAGUUCACCUCCAGUAGAUUCAUCAGAUUCUGGAGAUCAUGAAGAAGAAGAAUCAAUAUCUAUUUCAAAAGAUUCACAACCAAAUAUACUUACACAAUCUACCCAAUUGAACGCACUUGAUGAUGGGAAUUUGACAUUGGCAUCUCGGGUUGAAGUUCAAGCCACUUCAAGUUCUAAUGGUACUUCACAACAAUCUAAAGAUAGUCAACAAUCACAAAAUUCACAACAGCUUCUUGAUCAGUCUCAGAGAGAACAACAACACCUACCUGAUUCUACAAAACUUUUAACAAACUUGCAUAAUGGCCCUUCAUCCACUAACAAUUCGGGUAGUUUAAACUUGAAAGAUCUAAGCAACCGGAUAACGGACCCUGUCCUUAGAAAUGAUCUAUUAACUUGGGGUAAGAACCUGGACUUUAAUUUGAAAUCAUUCAGAGGUAUUAAUAAUAGGUCAAUUGAACUAAAAGCAGCACUUGAUAAAUUGAUAACACUUUUGGAAAAACGUGAUAAUGAAAAUUCAAUUGACAAAAAUCAAGAUAUUUCUAUAAGAUCUGUUGAUUCAUCCGUAUCUAAAGAAAAAGAAUCACAGGAUUCAAACAAUAAUAUAGAAUCAAAUGGAACAGAUGAUGAUAAAAUAACAAAAGUCUUCAUUGAUUUGUUUGAACACAGGUUUUCUGAAAUUUCUGAAAGUACAAAAAUUAUAGAUGAAAAAAUGGUAUCACUAACGGAAUCUCAAAUUCUCAUAUCCUCAUUAGUAGAGGCUUUCCCAGCUCUCACACAAAACCAAAAAUCACUUGACACAAGAAUUGAGCAAAUCAAAGAGAAUGUCAAGGAGAAUUUCCAUCGUCUCUCACAGAGUACAAUAGACAAUCUGAGGAUGUUUGAAGAACAGGGGAAGCAAAAUGUUGCGAAGAUUCAAGAGACUUUGGGAAAUAAUAAAGAGUUGGAAACCAAAGUUAAUAAAAGUGAAGGUGAACUCAAAGAAAUUAAAAAUGGGCAGAAAUUAAUAGGUGAAUCUAUCCAGACUCUAGUAUCAAAUAUAAAUGCUUUAAAAUUGGAGAUUAAAUCUGAAACAGAUCAUCAUAUUAACAGAAUAAUACAUAAUUAUACUGGUAUAUUUACAAGGCUCGAUGAUGCACAAAAAGUACAGAAUCUUCAAGCUGAAAGGUUAAAUACUCAGAUGGAACAUAUUAGAUCUAUUCAAGGAGAAAUGAAAAACAAAGAUCAAAUUAUUUCCAAUUUAAAAAAUUUCGUCGACCAAGCCACUUCACAGCUGAUUGACUUCCCAACUUUCAAAGGAUUCCAAGACUCUAUUAAGUCAGAAAUUCAUAAUUUAAAAUUACGGAAUCUACAACUGGUUUCAAGAAGUGAUCUUACUUCAUAUAUCUCAAAAGAAGAUGACAAACACACGGCUCAUGCUGAAAAAGUUCAAGAAGAUAUGAAAAAUUUACAAGAUCAGUUUACAAAUUCAGUAACUAUUCAAAACUCUGUCACAGAUUCUACAAGACGAGAAAUGACAAGUUUAAGAAAUGCAGUGAUGAUGGUCAAAGAAAGACUGGUUAAGAUUGUUGAAUCACAAAAUGAUGAUGAAAAGUUUAAGGACUUUCAACUGCAAUUCAAGGACUUGAAUGAUAAAUUUACAGAAAAUUCUAAAUUAUUUAAUGAACUACAGGAGGAGUUUGAUAAAUGUAAAGCUCCAUUAAGUGAACUGUUAACAAAAUUGAGCUCUCCUAAUAACCCUGAUAUGGUAAAGUUCAAGUCUACUGUAGAGGAAACCAUUGCAGAUUUACAAAAAAAAAUGGAAUUGAAAGUGGAUAAAGAACAAGAUCAAUCAAAUUUGGAGUUAUUACAAAGUUUACAAACCAGCUUAAAGAAUUUGGAAACAAAAGUUGAAUCAAUCCAAGAUACAAAACCAAAUGGAAGUCCUGAAGUUCAAACUGUUAAUGAUAUAGUUAAUAAUAUAGAUGAUGAAACUAUAAAACAUAUAGAGGAAAAACUUGAAACAAAAAUAUCAAGGGUUGAUGCUAGAUUGAAGAAGAAAGUUGAAUUUGAUAAUACUUUUUUGAAUGGAAAAUUUGUUGAAAUUAGUUCAACAUUAAAAGAAUUAGAAACAAAAUUAGAAGAGUUUGAAUCAAGAAAACAUGAUAAACCUGAACCUGAACCAGUUCCAGUGGUGGAAAAAGAAAAUGAUCCAAGAAUUGAACUUUUAAUAGAGGAAAUACAAUCAAUGAAGAGAAACCAACAUUCGAUGGAGAAAAACCAACAUAAAUUAGAAACUGAAAAUAAGAAUUUGAAAGAAAGAUUAAACAAAUUAGAAACACAUCAAUCAAGAUCAACACCAAAAGGUUCAAGUAUAAAUGCCUAUAGUUUACCAAGACCAUCUAGAGCAACUGUCCCUGUUAAUCCUAAACCACCAGCUGCACCAACUUUAACACAAAUGAAUUCCAAAAUAUCAAAUUUAUUGAGUAGAGGUAAAGUCUCUACAGGAUCUACAAGAUCUUCAUCACCAGAAGUUGUUAAUUCAUUACCUAGGAAAAGAUCUGAUUCAGAAGCUUUAAGUAUAAGAUCAUCACCAUCUGCUUCACCAAGUUCAUUUGGUAUUGAUAUUAAGAAAAUUAAGUUAAUUCCACGUAAUAAAGGAAAUUAA